UUCAACUUCACGAUCCUAUUUACAAUCCUACCUACAUUCACAACAGUCUGUCACCAAGAUUGGCGCAGCGGAACAACUAGUAACACCUCUCAUAUUUAAAAAAGAAACGAGUUCUCACACUUGCUCCUAUUUGCCUUUGCCAAUGUCUUCAGGUAUCAAACGUCAUUAUCACGACGACGCCUUCUCGGCAAGCGGAAGGAGCGAUAAAUCCCAAGGAAGUGAUAGGAAGAAGCCAAGGGACUGGAGAGAGGCUUUCCUGGAUGAUUCACCUAGGGGAGAGCAUGGUCGUGAGAGGGAACGGGACCGAGAGAGGCCGAGAGGUUCUGAGCGAAACUACGAUAGAGAGCGACAGUAUGGGGACAGACGGGGAUCUUACGAUGACAGGCGCGGUGAAAGAUACAAUGAGAAAAGGCAGGGAAAUGGCGAGCAUCGCUCUGGUCAAAGGGACCGAAAGGAUUAUCGUGAACGUGAGCCCGUGAAGGGAGAUUAUUCUCGACGAUAUGGUGACCGAAAUGAUCGUCAUAGGGACGAUCGCAAUGAUUACAGGCGAGAUGUAAGGUACAAAGAGAGAGAGAGAGCCGAGUCCCGUAGGUCGCCUCCAACAACUCAAUCUGGCCAACUAGGAUCUUCGCGGCCGCUCAGCCCCCCGCCAUCUAGACCUCCCCAAAGGACAUCAUCGAGGCCAUUAAACUCACCGCAAGGGAUCCCAAUGGGUAAAUUGGCAGCUCCAUCGCCUGGCUUUAAGCCUUCUCCAAGGAGCCCGGUUCGAGUCGAAAGUCAUCAGAAGUCGUCAAUGAGUCGCUUCUUUGACGCUGAACCUGAAAAAUCUGAAACGGGGCCUGCCCCAUCUAAAGCAAUCGACCUUCCCGUUGAUCCAGAGCCUAUUGUUGUUGAAGAGGAGCAAGAUCCCGCUAAGCUGCUUGAAGAACGUAAGAGGAAGCGAGAAGAGAUCAUGGCGAAAUUCAAGACUACUGGUGGUAAGACCUCUGUCCCUGUCAGUCCCAAGAUUGCUAUAAACGAUGUAACUGGUGGACCAGGGAUGGAGAGUGUCACGAGCGGAGGUACUCGGACAGGCUGGCAAACUGGGAUACAAAGCGGCAGAACGACUGCUACCGGUGCUACGCCACUCCUGAAACAGCUCGGUACAAGCUCUUCCAACCCAACUCCGAUCCCUACCCACGAGCCUUCUCUUGCUUCUACCCCUCUGGGCCGAGAUUUCGACCUCUCCAAGCAAGCAUCUACUACUAAUGAUGUCACCAUUCCUAUAGAGACUAAGGUUGAGGGUGUGGGUGCGGACAUGACGGUUUCAGCUGCUGACUAUGAUCCCACGCGCGAAGGUUUAGUUGAUCAUUCCAAGCGUCAGAAGGAUUUGGGGAUAAUCAAUUCCCAAGCUAAGGAGAUUGCUGAGGGCGUUGGUGAACCCGUUCUCGUGGAGGAUGAUGAGCCAAAGGAGGACGAGUAUGAAGAAGUGGAGAUCGAGGUAGAAGAUGACGAAGACGACGAGUUUGAUAUGUUUGCAGCCUUUGGGGGUGAAGAAAAAGAAAAGAAGAUGAAGAAGGUUGUCGUACGACGAUUGAAGAAUGGCGGGGAAGGGGCUAAACAGGAUAUCAUUAAGAAACCCGCUAGCACAAUUGCACCGGAAGUCGUGGACAAUGUUGAUGACUCGGAUGGGUACUACAGGAUUACUCCAGGAGAGAUUUUGGAUAAUGGGAGGUAUCAGGUGACGAUCACCCUCGGCAAAGGAAUGUUUUCGGCGGUAGUGAAGGCCAAAGUUCUGAAGGCAUUUGGACAGGAGAGGAGGCAAGAUGUGGUGGGGAAGGAGGUGGCUAUCAAAGUCGUUAGGAGUCAAGAGAGCAUGUACAUAUCUGGACGGAAAGAAUCCCAAAUCCUCCAAAAACUCAAUGACGCCGACCCAGAAGAUAAGAAGCAUAUCCUACGUCUCGAACGCACAUUUGAGCAUCGAGGGCAUCUCUGUAUCGUCACCGAGAGUCUCAGCAUGAAUUUGCGGGACGUAAUCAAACGCUUUGGUAAAGACGUCGGUCUCAACAUGCGUGCGGUUCGAGCAUACGCACAUCAAUUGUUCCUUGCUUUGUCGCUUAUGCGUAAAUGUGGGAUUGUACAUGCUGAUGUGAAGCCUGAUAACAUUUUGGUCACGGAAAACAAGACGACAUUGAAGGUCUGCGAUUUGGGUUCUGCGGCUGAGAUUACAGAAGGAGAAAUCACCCCUUACCUCGUCUCCCGAUUCUACCGUGCUCCUGAAAUUAUUCUUGGUCUUCCCUAUGAUACAGCGAUUGACAUGUGGUCCAUCGGCUGUACCCUAUACGAGCUUUACACCGGCAAGAUCCUCUUUCCCGGCAGGUCCAACAACCAUAUGUUGUUACUCAUGAUGGAGCUUAAGGGUAAGAUCAACCAUCGAAUGAUUAAAAAAGCAGCUUUCGGUACAAUGCACUUUGAUGAGUCGUUGAACUUUAUCAGUAUAGAGAAGGACAAGAUAACAGGGCAGGAUGUCGCCAAGACAAUGGUCAUCAACUCGGCUUCAAAAGAUCUUCGGUCCCGUCUCGUUCCCCCGUCGUCUGUUCAGCUGAAGAUGAAAGACGAUGAGUUGAAGCAGCUUCUGAGUCUGGUAGAUCUGUUGGACAAAUGUUUGCAGUUGGACCCUGCUAAAAGAUUGACUCCGAGGGAUGCCCUGUUGCAUCCUUUUGUUGCGGGUCCUUAACUAUUUAUACGACAUGCGUUGAAAGCUUGAUUCCGUGUACAUCUCGCCUAUGCAUAUAUCUUUUUCUGAAAC